UGUGAGGAGAUUCCAGUGGAAAUGCUCAUUUUAGAUGCUGUAAUCUGUUCAGUUCAGUGGCAGCUUCUGUUCGGGUGAUUUGCUCGGUUGUAGAAGUUGUGGGCGCGCAGGUGCAUCCUUGAAAAGCAGACCAUGACCUUGGGUUUUGGCUGAGUAAGGAGCAUGUGAAUGAAACGCGGCGCGCCCCCGGCUGCCAGGCUGAGAAAAGGCGCAUCCUCCUGCUUCUGCAUUUCAGUCACGCAGCUUUGCUCAGAUUGGAGAUGAAGCAUGAGGGAUGUGUGUGUGUUUUCGUUUUUUGUUUUUUUCAACUCCUGUCCAGCUCAUCGGUAAUUUAAAGACAUAAAUCGCGCUUUGCGUCGACGCCUUUGCUUUGUUUGCGUCGAGAUUUUCCGGAUUUAUCGCAGACUGAGAGCGCGUAAUUUUGGAUCAUCUGCAUUGCUUGCAUCCGACCGAGCGACCGCAUGUCGUCGAGGCGAGUAGCGCGAAAACAGAAGUCAAGAAUCUCAAAUUAUAUAGCUUAUGAUAUUUAAUGUUUUUGCACCUGCGUCUGCAAUAGAUAUAUAAACAUCAUUUUGGAAUUGGGGUGCAGGGUCGAUAAAAAAAGCGAUACAUUGCGAUGCUCACCAUCCAGCGCCAGUGAUGCUGCGGUCAGACAGCAGCAAAACAGCCUAGAAAGGUGAUGGACGAUGUCCAGUCCAGCGGGUACAAGACACCUGCCAUCCCGGUCCUGAAUGCAGCGCAGAGAGACACCUAAGCGGGUCUCACCGUCAGCCCUGGAUGCUGCGCCGAAGGAUGGGAUACUCCGACCCAUCGUCGGGUAAAGAUAUACUCGGCAAUAGGUCUCUUUGUUUCAUAUUUAUUUGCGCAUUUGGACUCGUCACACUUUUGCAACAGAUUCUCUAUGGGAAAAACUACAUCAAGAGUGCACAACAGUUUAGCCGACUCAAAGGGGACGAGACAGGAAAUUGGACCGGUCCCGUUAAUUUCUCGGAUGAUGGAUCUCUGAAGCCUGCGAGAAAUGGAAGGAAAAGAUGUUUCCGUCAGAAUUUUCAGCCAGAUUCACAGCUCUCCGUAAUAGUCACACCCUGCCUAGCCGAUAUUAAGAAGAAAAAAAAAAGGUAUCUGGAAAACUAUGAUGGCUCCUUUGAGUACAACUCUACUGCAUGCAGGGAGCUCAGACAGGAGAUUAUGGACGUCAAAGUCCUGACAAUAAACAUGGUUAAUCGGAAAAAUCAGGGCCAUGGGUGUCCUCCCUCACUCUACAAGUCUCUCUGCCUGUCUGCCAGGGUGAAAACCUCAGAUCUGUUUGAGAGGUGGCGGAACCUGCAGGUGUGUAGGUGGGAGCAGAACAAGGAGGAGACCAGCAACUUUAAGAUGUCUCUGUCUCGCUGCUGCAAUGCUCCGUCCUUUCUGUUCACCACCAAGAGGAACACUCCUGCAGGGACCAAGCUGAGGUACGAGGUGGACACCAGUGGUAUCCUUCCCAUUACCACCGAAGUCUUUAAGAUGUUCCCAGAUGAUAUGCCAUAUUCCAAAUCGCAGUACAAGAAAUGUGCUGUCAUUGGAAAUGGCGGCAUCAUCAAGAACAGCAAAUGUGGAAAGGAAAUUGACUCAGCAGAUUUUGUUUUUAGAUGCAACAUACCACCCAUCAAUGACAAGUACUCGGCAGAUGUUGGCACUAAAACAGAUCUGGUGACAAUAAAUCCAAGCAUUAUUACUGAGAGAUUCCAGAAGCUGGAGAAAUGGCGGCGACCGUUUUAUGAAGUUCUCCAGAAUUACGAGAACUCCUCAGUGGUGCUACCGGCCUUCUACAACACCCGCAACACCGACGUUUCUUUCAGGGUCAAGUACAUGCUGGAUGACUUCGACUCCCAGAGAGGCGUGUUCUUCUUCCACCCGCAGUACCUGCUGAACGUGCAGCGUUUCUGGGCCGUGCAGGGCGUCCGGGCCAAGCGGCUCAGCAGCGGCCUGAUGCUCGUGACCGCCGCCUUAGAGAUGUGCGAGGAGGUCCACCUCUACGGUUUUUGGGCCUUCCCCAUGAACCCCUCCGGCAUCUUCAUCACUCACCAUUACUACGACAACGUCAAGCCGCGGCCCGGCUUUCACGCGAUGCCCCAUGAAAUUUUCAACUUCAUCCACAUGCAUACACGUGGGAUCAUCAAUGUGCACACGGGGCAGUGUACGUGAUUUGUCUGCAGUAAUGUGUGAGCGCAACAUUUUACCUUUUAGUUUGUUCCUUUUCUGCUUCAUCUCAGUUCACUAUUUCCUCCCUAGUUAAACAGAGAGUUGGCCUUUGGAGCGCACACUUCUUCUGCUCCCAUUAAUUCAACUACAUGUUGAAAAUUGCUUGCUUUAAUUGCCAACAAAUUUCUCUAUUCAACGUGUACCUUAAGUUUCUUACUUAGCCAGUUGAAUCGCUAUGGUUAUCUCUGACUGACCAUAGGAUGCUUGUUUUUAAUGUGAAAAGUGGUCUUCAUAGUGAUGUUGUUUCUGUGAAGUUUUCUAGUGGCUCUGCUGUACAGAGGUGUUGUUUUCUACUCGAUUGCACAGAUAUUUACGCUGAAACGGGGCUACAGUGGGAGUCUUUGUGCCCCUCAUCCCAGUUCUCUCUAUCUCUUCUUCUCUAUCUUGGACACUCUGUGGGUGUGGCAGCUUUUAAUGUUUGUGUAAAACAAAGCCUGAACCUUCAUAUUGAGCUAAUAUAAAAAAACAAAACUAAAGAAAAAGGAUAAAAUUGUACAUCUAAUUGUCUACUUUUGUAAUCUAUUUCCUAUUCACCAGAUUCAUUGGGUGAAUAUUUUGAAAACCCUAUUGAAAUGGCCUGUUUUCAGCGGCCUACUUACCCCCAUUCAAAAACAAUCCGAUAUUUCUGGUGAAAAAUUAUCGGAGCACGUUUGUCGUGGUUUUGGAAACCAUCUCAGCAAAACUUUGACUUGCACGGCCAUCCGAUUUGUAAAGCUACAUAGCACUGUUGAGCAACCCAGCCUCUCGCUGUCAUUCAUGUCUUAAGCCAUAUUGCCUUAUGAGGUAUCGAACCCCUCUGUAUGAUCUGCAAUGCACCCGAGUGCUUUGCUUAUCUACAAAUACAUCAUCAUCAAACUAAAAUCUUAGUUUGUCUCUUGAAUUAAAGGACACUUAAGACUUGCUAAGGUAUAGAAAUCCAUGUGCAGUUCUCAGCAUAUAUUCUAUUGGAACUACUCCCUGUAAGCUCCAUUCAUAACCAUGUAAUGCUCUGCAUGACUUUAUACUUGGCGUUGUGUGUGCCUGCUUCAAUGAUCACUGAAAUAUGUUUACACUUAAGCCUCUAUCGAAGCUCACAGUGCUUUUAGAGAUGUAUUCACGAACCUUUUCACAGAGAGAUUCAAGUGAAAUGUGUAAUGCAGUUCUCAUUCACAAUAGAUGCAAGAAUGAAGAUGGUUGCUGCCCCUGUGCGAAGUGCUACAACACGUUUAUUACUUUCAUUUUCCACUUUAAACUGUGAACAUUCAGUUUGCACUCAAAGCGAGCAUUGUGCAUUUAAGUACUGGAAAGCUGUGUAGGUUUUUACUGUUUAUUUUGAUGCAAAAGAUUUUAAAAGAUUGUAAAUUAAUAGUUUUGUCACUCGUCUGUUCAUGCUCGUCCAUUAUUUGCUUUGCAUUUGAGUGAUGCACUGCUAAUACGAUUUAAACAUGCUGUUUCUUUACCAUCUAUAAAGACUCUUUGUGUGUUUAUGCACAAGAGACAAAUAGGAACACCAAAAAUUUUUGGCUUAACCACUAAAUUGUUGUAUGUCACAGCUGAAUUAAGAAUGAAUAAGGAGAGGAACUGGUCUAUGUAAUGAAUGGAGGUAAUAUAUAACACAGUGCUUCUUAACUGACUCUGGAUCAUUUCUUUCUACUGGAACUGUGUUUGUAAAUAAACUUGUUUGGAUUUUCUCA